CUCGUUUCCUUGGUUUUAUUUCCACUUAUUUUGCAUCUGUUUAGGAAUUCAGACCCUGAGGGAGAACCUCAGCACUGCAAGGAGGUGCUGUUAGAACCAAAACUGUCUCGAAAUCGGCAGCUCUGCGCAAACACAGAUUGGAUGUGUGUGUUGUGAUGCGUUGUGGAUGGGGAGAUGGACAUUUAUGAGGCUGUGCCUGCCCUGGUGUCACACUGGAGCAGUUCCAUAAAAGCCAGCAAUGUAAAGUGAGGGCAGAUUCAGCUCCUGUGUGGUAACCAAAGUGAGAUGAAUGCGUCCUGUUGCUUUGUCAGCUCAGCACACCGCUCCUGGAGCGCUGCUCAGAGGGCAGAGAUUUACAGUUUUAUGGAGAGGACACUUCCACAAGGUGGAUUUCUCCUAAAGCAGCAGCCCGACCCCACGCUUCAGACUGUGCUUUUUGCAACGCAGACGCACUCCUAUGGAGAACAAGAACGACGCAGUGAUAAAAAUUGGUCCUAAAAUUCCAUUCAUAGGUACCCACAGUUGUUGGUCACCGGACUGAUCCUUCCCUUGGCCACUGCUUGGUGGUUGUACUGGGAGGCCACGCGCUGGGAGCAGCGAGCUGGCCACUGAAGCAAGCAGCAUCAACAUGCAGUACAUCACAGUGCAAAUAGAGGGGGUUUUCGGUGGAAACUCCAUCUUCCCCUGGGUCAGCUAAUAGAGACUGGGAAGAGUAAAUGGAAUUUUAGGUGCCACAUUCUGCACACGGCUCUCUGCAGGUCUUGUGUCUCCAAAUUCAUCUGUCUUCCAAUAGUUUGACUGAUCGAAGAUAUUUCUCCCCUAGAGUUGUGCUCUGAUUACACCAACACGUUUCUUCCUAAAGUGACAGUGAGCAAAUCCACUCCUGUGCUGAGGGUGUGUUGCAGCAACACAGAGGAGCAGAGGUGUCCAGCCCUCAACCAGCAUCAACAGCUUCAGCUUUGCCUCUGCUUCCAUUGCCUUUCCUCAUUCCUCUUUUUGUUUUCCUCCAAACAGUAAAUUUCGCUCUUUCUGCCACUUCAGAGCUCUCUUCAUGUCCCAGCUCUGCUCAGUGAGACGCAGUGCUGCCCAUAGCAGCAGUCCCUUCUUAACCCAAUGGAUCCCAAACAACUCCAGCCAUGGAGCCAGCUUCCAUUCGUGCACCUCCAAGCAGCUGAUGCCUGUGCAGGUCCAGGGCUGAGGUCACAGAGCAGUUCUUGUUGACACACCAGUGUUGGGCACGGCUGCUUGAGAUCUCAAGAUUUGCCUUAUCAAGAACACGAGAAGGUGUUGGUUGGUUGGUUGGCUGGAUGGAUGGUGCAAAGUUUUCCUCUUCCUCUCGUUGCCACUUUCACCCAUUGAACCAAAGCACAUCCUGAGUUGGGAGGGACCCCCACGGGCCAUGCCGCACAUGGCAUUCUUUGUUGGUGGACUUUUUGCACUUAUUUCUGAGUAGUUCCGCACGGAGGGCGGGUCAGCUCGAAGCAGAACAUUGGACUGAACAAAGCCCAGCUGCAGCAGGAACAGCGGCCGCGUUCCAUUCGUCCCCAGCGGCGUUCGGGGCCGGUUGGGUUCUCGCACAUUUGGGGUUAUUUUCCACCGGAACAGCGACGACGCCGAGCGACUCCGACAGUCCCAGCGCGGGGAGCGAUGCCGAGCGCCGUUCCUUGGCCGAAAGGGAGGCCGGCUUCCAAACUCCGCGCACCAACCGCGCUCUUCCAGCACCGCACCCCGCGAGCUGACCUGUCCGGGCUGCAACAUCACUAAAGAAGCUGCUGCAGGAUGAAAAGAUGGCAGCACGGCUGCUCGCACCACCAGGCCCUGAUAGUUUUAAACCUUUCACUCCGGAGUCUCUGGCUAACAUUGAGAAACGCAUUGCAGAAGAAAAAGAGAAGCGUCCGAAGCAAGACAGCAGCCAUCGCGACGACGAUGAAGACAGCAAACCAAAACCAAACAGUGACCUUGAGGCGGGGAAGAAUUUGCCUUUCAUCUAUGGGGACAUCCCUAAAGGCCUGGUUGCUGUACCACUGGAGGACUUUGACCCUUAUUAUAUGACCCAGAAAACCUUUGUAGUACUAAACAGAGGGAAAACACUCUUCCGAUUUAGUGCCACACCUGCCUUGUACAUUUUAAGUCCUUUUAAUCUGUUUAGAAGAAUAGCUAUUAAAAUUUUGAUACAUUCAGUAUUUAGCAUGAUCAUUAUGUGCACUAUUUUGACCAACUGUGUAUUCAUGACUUUUAGUAACCCACCUGAAUGGUCGAAGAAUGUGGAGUAUACAUUCACUGGUAUUUAUACAUUUGAAUCACUUGUGAAAAUUAUUGCAAGAGGUUUCUGUAUAGAUGGCUUUACUUUCCUACGAGACCCAUGGAACUGGCUAGAUUUCAGUGUGAUCAUGAUGGCAUAUGUCACAGAGUUUGUGGACCUGGGGAAUGUCUCAGCAUUGAGAACUUUCAGAGUUCUCCGAGCUUUGAAAACUAUCUCUGUAAUUCCAGGCCUGAAGACCAUUGUGGGUGCCCUGAUCCAGUCGGUGAAGAAGCUGUCGGAUGUGAUGAUCCUGACGGUGUUUUGUCUCAGUGUCUUUGCUCUGAUUGGGCUGCAGCUGUUUAUGGGCAAUUUGAGGAACAAGUGUGUGAUAUGGCCAAUUAACGUCAACGAGACGUUCCUGGAUAACGGCUCCCGGGGCUUUGACUGGGAGGAAUACACCAACAAUAUGUCAAAUUUUUACAUAAUUCCUGGUGCCCCUGAUCCUUUGCUCUGUGGUAACAGCUCCGAUGCAGGUCAAUGUCCAGAGGGUUACACGUGCAUGAAAGCAGGACGGAACCCAAACUACGGUUACACGAGCUUUGACACUUUCAGCUGGGCUUUCCUGGCUCUGUUUCGCCUUAUGACUCAGGACUUUUGGGAAAACUUGUAUCAAUUAACCUUACGAGCAGCAGGAAAAACCUACAUGAUCUUCUUUGUCCUGGUGAUCUUCGUGGGCUCGUUCUACCUGGUCAACCUGAUUCUGGCUGUGGUGGCCAUGGCUUACGAAGAGCAGAACCAGGCCACAUUGGAGGAGGCAGAGCAGAAAGAGGCCGAAUUUAAGGCCAUGUUAGAACAAUUGAAAAAGCAGCAGGAGGAGGCACAGGCUGCUGCCAUGGUCACUUCGGCAGGGACGGUCUCUGAGGAUGCUGUGGAAGAUGAUGGUGGAGGAAGGAUGUCUCGGAGCUCAUCGGAGAUCUCUAAACUGAGUUCCAAGAGUGCCAAGGAGCGCCGUAACCGGAGGAAGAAGCGGAAGGACAAAGAGCUGUCGGAAGGAGAGGAGAAGGGCGACAAUGAGAAGGUGUUCAAGUCAGAAUCGGAGGAUGGCAUGAGGAGAAAAGCCUUCAGGCUGCCAGAUAACAGGAUAGGAAGAAAGUUUUCCAUCAUGAACCAGUCUCUCCUCAGCAUCCCGGGCUCCCCUUUCCUCUCCCGACACAACAGCAAGAGCAGCAUCUUCAGCUACAAGGGCCGAUUCCGCGACCCGGGCUCGGAAAACGAAUUCGCCGACGACGAACACAGCACGGUGGAGGAGAGCGAAGGCCGCAGGGAUUCCCUCUUCAUCCCCAUCCGCGGCCGCGACCGACGGAGCAGCUACAGCGGAUACAGCGGCUACAGCCAGGGCAGCCGCUCCUCGCGGAUAUUCCCCAACCUCCGCCGCAACAUCAAGAGGAACAGCACGGUGGAUUGCAACGGCGUCGUGUCCCUCAUCGGCGGCCCGCCUUCCAGCAUGCCCGGCGGGCGCCUUCUGCCUGAGGGUACAACUGAAAUUGAAAUUAAGAAGAAACCUGGUGGGUCUCUCUUGGUCUCGAUGGAUCAGGUGAACGUCUCCUAUGGAAGGAAGGAUCGUACCAACAGCGUGAUGACUGGCUUGACCAACACCCUCGUUGAAGAGCUGGAGGAGUCCCAGAGGAAGUGUCCCCCAUGCUGGUACAAAUUUGCCAACACGUUCUUGAUCUGGGAAUGCCACCCCUACUGGAUCAAGCUGAAGGAGAUAGUGAACUUGAUUGUCAUGGAUCCCUUUGUUGACCUGGCCAUCACCAUCUGCAUUGUGCUCAACACUCUGUUCAUGGCCAUGGAGCAUCAUCCUAUGACCCCAGAGUUUGAACACGUGCUGUCUGUGGGAAAUCUGGUUUUCACGGGAAUUUUCACAGCAGAAAUGUUCCUGAAGCUCAUCGCCAUGGAUCCCUACUAUUAUUUCCAGGAAGGCUGGAACAUCUUUGAUGGAUUCAUCGUCUCCCUCAGUUUAAUGGAGCUGAGUCUGGCGAAUGUGGAAGGGCUUUCUGUGCUGCGAUCUUUCCGAUUGCUGAGAGUCUUCAAACUGGCCAAGUCCUGGCCCACUCUGAACAUGCUGAUAAAAAUCAUCGGUAACUCAGUGGGUGCUUUGGGCAACUUGACCUUGGUGUUGGCCAUCAUCGUCUUCAUCUUUGCGGUGGUGGGCAUGCAGCUCUUUGGCAAAAGCUACAAGGAGUGUGUCUGCAAGAUCAAUCCGGAUUGUGAGCUGCCCCGCUGGCACAUGCACGAUUUCUUCCACUCCUUCCUUAUUGUCUUCCGUGUGUUGUGUGGGGAAUGGAUUGAGACCAUGUGGGAUUGUAUGGAGGUGGCAGGACAGGCCAUGUGCUUGAUUGUCUUCAUGAUGGUCAUGGUCAUCGGAAAUUUAGUGGUGCUGAACCUGUUCCUGGCUUUGCUGCUGAGCUCCUUCAGCGCAGACAACCUGGCAGCAACGGAUGACGAUGGGGAGAUGAACAACCUGCAGAUCUCCGUGAUUCGCAUCAAGAAGGGCAUUGCCUGGAUCAAGGCGAAAGUGCGUGAAUUCAUGCAGGCUCACUUCAAGCAGAGAGAGGCAGAUGAGGUCAAGCCUUUGGACGAGCUGUAUGACAAGAAGGUGAACUGCAUUGCCAACCACACAGGGGCCGAUAUCCACAGAGACAUCGAUUACCAGAAGAAUGGCAACGGCACGACCAGCGGAAUUGGGAGCAGUGUGGAGAAAUACAUCAUCGAUGAAGACCACAUGUCCUUCAUCAACAACCCCAACCUCACCGUCCGGGUGCCUAUUGCUGUCGGGGAAUCAGAUUUUGAAAAUCUCAACACAGAAGAUUUCAGCAGCGAUACGGAUCCUGAUGGCAGCAAAGAGAAACUGGAUGAUACCAGCUCCUCCGAAGGCAGCACCAUUGAUAUAAAGCCUGAAGUGGAAGAAGUCCCCGUGGAGGCACCAGAAGAGUAUCUGGACCCGGAUGCGUGCUUCACCGAGGGUUGCAUGCAGCGCUGUAAGUGUUGUCAGGUCAAUAUUGAGGAGGGGCUGGGGAAGUCUUGGUGGACCUUGAGGAAGACGUGUUUUCUGAUCGUGGAGCAUAACUGGUUUGAGACUUUCAUCAUCUUCAUGAUCCUGCUGAGCAGUGGAGCUCUGGCUUUUGAGGAUAUUUACAUAGAGCAGAGGAAAACCAUCCGGACCAUCUUGGAGUACGCAGACAAGGUCUUCACGUACAUCUUCAUCCUGGAGAUGUUGCUGAAAUGGUGUGCCUAUGGGUUCGUCAAGUUCUUCACCAACGCCUGGUGCUGGCUGGAUUUCCUCAUUGUGGCUGUCUCUUUAGUCAGCCUUAUAGCUAAUGCCCUGGGCUACUCGGAACUAGGUGCCAUAAAGUCCCUUAGGACCCUAAGAGCUUUGAGGCCUUUAAGAGCGUUGUCCCGAUUUGAGGGGAUGAGGGUGGUUGUCAAUGCCUUGGUUGGCGCUAUCCCUUCCAUUAUGAAUGUCUUGUUGGUCUGCCUUAUCUUCUGGCUGAUUUUCAGCAUUAUGGGGGUUAACCUGUUUGCUGGGAAGUACCAUUACUGCUUUAAUGAAACAGCCGAGGAGCGCUUUGAAAUAGAGGUUGUUAACAACAAGACAGACUGUGAGGCGCUGAUGCCACCCAACUCCACUGAGAUCCGAUGGAAGAAUGUGAAAAUCAACUUUGACAACGUUGGGGCAGGAUACCUGGCUCUUCUGCAAGUUGCAACAUUCAAGGGCUGGAUGGACAUCAUGUAUGCAGCAGUAGAUUCCAGAAAGCAAGAAGAGCAACCCAAGUACGAGGACAACAUCUACAUGUACAUAUAUUUUGUUAUCUUCAUCAUCUUUGGCUCCUUUUUCACUCUGAACUUGUUCAUCGGUGUCAUCAUUGACAACUUCAAUCAACAAAAGAAAAAGUUUGGAGGUCAAGAUAUUUUCAUGACAGAAGAACAAAAGAAAUACUACAAUGCCAUGAAAAAACUGGGCUCCAAGAAGCCUCAAAAGCCAAUUCCCCGACCUCUGAACCGCAUUCAGGGAGCUGUCUUUGACUUCGUCACUCAGCAAGCAUUUGACAUCGUCAUCAUGAUGCUCAUCUGCCUCAACAUGGUGACCAUGAUGGUGGAGACGGACACGCAGAGCAAGCAGAUGGAGGACAUCCUCUACUGGAUCAACCUGGUGUUUGUCAUCUUCUUCACCUGCGAGUGUGUGCUGAAGAUGUUCGCCUUGCGGCACUACUACUUCACCAUCGGGUGGAACAUCUUUGACUUCGUGGUCGUGAUUCUGUCCAUUGUGGGAAUGUUCCUGGCCGAAAUCAUCGAGAAGUAUUUUGUAUCCCCCACUCUCUUCCGAGUCAUCCGCCUGGCUCGUAUCGGACGUAUCCUGCGUUUGAUCAAAGGAGCCAAAGGGAUCCGCACCUUGCUUUUUGCCUUAAUGAUGUCUUUGCCUGCCUUGUUCAACAUCGGCCUCCUGCUCUUCCUGGUCAUGUUCAUCUUCUCCAUCUUCGGCAUGUCCAACUUCGCCUACGUCAAGCACGAGGCUGGCAUCGACGACAUGUUCAACUUUGAGACCUUUGGCAACAGCAUGAUCUGCUUGUUCCAGAUCACGACGUCGGCUGGCUGGGAUGGCCUCCUGCUGCCCAUCCUAAACCGGCCUCCAGACUGCGACCUGGACAAGGAACAUCCCGGGAGCGGCUUUAAGGGGGACUGCGGGAACCCCUCGGUGGGGAUAUUUUUCUUUGUGAGCUACAUCAUCAUCUCCUUCCUGAUCGUGGUCAACAUGUACAUUGCCAUCAUCCUGGAGAACUUCAGCGUGGCGACGGAGGAGAGCGCGGACCCGCUGAGCGAGGACGACUUCGAGACCUUCUACGAGAUCUGGGAGAAGUUCGACCCCGACGCCACGCAGUUCAUAGAGUACAGCAAGCUGGCGGACUUUGCCGACGCUUUGGAACAUCCUCUGCGCGUCCCAAAGCCCAACACCAUCGAACUCAUCGCCAUGGACCUCCCUAUGGUAAGUGGAGAUAGGAUCCACUGUUUAGACAUCCUGUUUGCCUUCACCAAACGCGUCCUGGGGGACAGCGGAGAGCUGGAUAUACUGAGACAACAGAUGGAGGAAAGGUUUGUGGCUUCCAAUCCUUCCAAAGUGUCUUACGAGCCCAUCACCACCACGCUGCGGCGCAAGCAGGAGGAGGUCUCGGCCGUGGUGUUGCAGAGGGCUUACAGGUCGCGGUUGGCGAGGCGGGGGUUCAUCAGCCGAAGACCCCUCCCCACCAAAAUGGAGAACGGAGGAGCAAACAGGGAGAAGAAGGAAGGGACGCCCUCCACCGCGUCGCUGCCGUCCUACGACAGCGUCACCAAACCCGAGAAGGAGAAGCAGCAGCGGGCGGAGGAGGGAAGACGGGAACGGGCGAAAAGGCAAAAAGACGUCAGGGAAUCCAAGUGUUGAGACAGAACGCUGGGAUUGUACAAACCUAGGAAAAAAAAUUAUAUCUAUAUUUGCAAGACGGAAAAAAAAAAAAAAAAAGAUUGUUUACAAACUUGGUGAAAUAUAUCCAUACAGAACAGCUGUGGAGACACUUAACCUGAAGAUCUUAUACCAAACGUAGUCUGCUUUCCUGUGUGACAGCGUUGCAUCUAAAGCAGUGACCUUCCACCUGCUUAAAGGACCCCUGUGUCAACAAACAUUUAAGACAAAACAGGGAAAAAGAGAAAAAAUAUGGAUUUUCUAUUGUUCAGGCAGGUGGAUACUGCAUGUUCCACAUCAGUCAAUGCAACUUAGGACAAACAAGCAAAAUAAAAACACACACACACACACACACACAAACACACACACAGAAAUAAAACCCGCUGCUGGGAUUCAUAUAUUUUCCAAAGCAGCCAAAAAUGGAUUUUAUUUUCCCAUUUUGUUGGUUAUUAUUGAAAGAAAACCCAGAAGUCACGAUGUUAAGGGGUUUGUUCAUGCAAAAGUAGAUUUGCAUUUAGUUAAGCAGCAAA